AGCCAGCGGUUGUCAUGGUGACUAGCAAUCAUCUUCCCCCACUAUUUUGGAGUAAGCCCCCUCUGCGUCAGUCGUUCGCGAAGCCUCGCAGGCAGCGGAUAUUGUAUAAUUGGGCAACUAGUUUUAAUGUCGAUCGUCUUUUUCUUUUCUAUUGUCUUUUAAAAGAAUCAUAAAGCAAACGACAAAAACGGUGCGCCUCGGGGGCGCUGCCGCAAGUGUACGGUGCCCAAUUUCAUCACGGUGAUAAACUUCGCUGCCGGUUCUUCUCUACACGGUCAAUAAUGAGGGACAUGGCGGGCAAGAUCGCCGAGUUGAAGUUCGAGGCACCCCUCGCACGAUUCGAGGAGGAAGACACGGCCAGCUUGAAGAAUAUGAAUUUACUGACAGAACAAUUGCUGGAUACAACUUUAAACACAACUUAUGGAGAAAACUGUAAUGCAAAUGAACCAGCGACUACGCGUGAAAAUGGCACUGAUAUUCUGCAAGAGGGGACAUUCAGCCCUUUCAGCGGCAGUCUCGAGGACCUCGUUAACACCUUCGAUGAGAAGAUAACAUCCUGUUUCCGCGAUUACGGCACGAACGUUGAAUCCCUAGCGCCCGUGCAAGUACGAACGCAAGAAGAAAUUAUGAACGAAUGUCAAAUGUGGUGGACGAUUACCGGUACAUUUGGUAACAUAUUACCAAUCGAUUGGAGUAAAUCGUAUGCUAGAAAAAUGCACAUGCCUGCGCUUAAUUUGAACGAAGCUCCGGUUUCACAGGAAAGACCAGAACUAGAGGAUUUAAGUAGCGAAGAUGAGGCUGUUGCAACUGAUUUGGACAUGCAUGCUUUGAUCUUGUCCAGUAGCACCGAUACUCAUAGUCCAGAGGAACCGUUGAAAACUGCCGAAGAAGUACUCCGUGAAAUAGAUGAUAUAAUGCAGGAAAGUCCAUCCAUGGAAAGAUCUCCAGAUUCUGAUGGAUCUUUAUUAGAUAGCGAUGAAGCGUUGGAGAGAAGCAGAGAAGUUUUGGGCUCUCCACUGCAUGAAAAAAAAUUAAAACAUCUUACCUCCAGCCAGCUUAAUGAGUUACUUGGAGAAAUGGAAUCCUUGGUGGGAGCGCUUAGUGAAACUCUCAUUGCGGAACUUGCAUUACGUGAUGAACUUGAAUAUGAAAAAGAAUUAAAAAAUCAAUUUAUUUCAUUGUUGUUAGCAGUACAAAAUCGACGAAGACAGCAUCAUGUUACAAAAAAAAGAAAUCAAAUGCAAAAUGGUACUAGUCCUUUACUACAACAUAGAUCACUUCAAGAAUCUAAGUAUUUAACUACCGUAAUUCCUUACCAUACAGACAGUGGCCCACCAGACAAUCAAGCAUUACAAGUUCUUAUAAAAAUAUUAAAAGCAAUUAGUGAAGACAGUCCAACAGUACCUACUUUGUUAACAGAUUAUAUAUUGAAAGUUUUAUGUCCUACUUAGUAAGCAUACUAUAAAUUUCUUAAGGAAAUCGAAAAAAAUUGGAAAAAGGAUAUUAAUUAUUAACAAUUACAAUUUGCUCUCUUCUUGCCAGUAUGCUUUCAGCCGUUGUUGUGCCGCAUAUUCUUGCGUUAAGACGGGUGAUUUUGCUUCGUCUCGAAUUGUGUCUCGAACUGUACUCAGUAUCGAUUAUAGAUUUAUAGAUAAGGUCUGUGACACUCACAUCUAGUCUUACUUUAUAUAUUAUCACAUGUAUAUUAUUUUACAUAAGGAUACAUUUCUAAUAUCUAUGUAUGCGCUCUAUAAAAUCUAUAAAAUACCUCUUAAUUUUGUAUGACUUAUAAAAUCUUCGUUUUUGUAUACAUUAUCAUGAAUUUCGCGAUAAUUCUGUUUUUUGUAAUUUUUUGUACAUAAAGAUCUUAUCGAAAUAUGUGAGCAAAUUUUACUAUAUUACCGAAAAUACUUAUAUUUAUGUAGAAAAUAUCUAUUAAUUUAUAGAUUACAACAUAUAAAUUUAUGAAUUUGAUGUAUAUUGUUGUAAUAUCCAUGUACCUAUAUAGAAUUAUCUAUAAUAACAUAUCGCGCAAAAAUAAAAAUCUUGUUGCUGAAAUAAUUAUAUGGAUAUACACUUACAAAAUCUAUUUAAUGAUUAUAUGCAAAAUAAUAAAAAUAUUCAACACUUGAUGUAUAGCAAUAUAGUUGUUUGCAUAUAUUAAAGAUUGUCUUUGUUAAAAUAAAGAAAUAAAUUAAACAACCUUA